AUGAGCGACCGCUACGGCCCAGGCAGCGCCGCCCGGCGCAGCUCGAGGAAGAAAGCCCGGUACGAGUCCAGCUCGGACGACGGCCACUCAGCCGUCGGCUCCGACAAGGACGGCGACAGCGACAGCGGCGGCAGCUACAUCCCAGCGAGCACAGCCUCGUCGCGGCGGCACUCUAGCUCGCGGUCCCAGCAUCACCACCGCAACCACCACCACUCCCACCAAACCCACCACCGCGACCCCUCGCACCGCAGCCACUCCCAGCGGAACCACCGGCGGAACCACCCGCACAGCCACCACCGCCGCCAGAAGCUACUGGGACCGGACGAGGACGAAGAAAAGCCUCCCGACGGCAUGGCCCUGGCCGUCCGCGAGGAGUACGCCGUGCAGACGGUCCCGCGUGCGCACCACCACGAAGCCGACAGCUCGGACGAGGAGGAGGUCUACGACCACCGGCCGAAGCCCAUCUCGCACCGCAGCCACAGCCAUGUGGGCGUCAGCGGCGGGAGCCGCCGCCAGGCCAGCGACGCCGACAAGGGUUUCUUCAUGGCUGCUGCCGCGCUGGCGGUCUCCCUGAUCAUUUGCUGCGGCGACGGGGAUAAUGACUGA